AUGUGUCUUCCUUGUAUCGUUUGCUCGACCCAGCUAAGAGCUUGGAACGCCCGAUAUAUUAGAUUCUUUACGUUUAAAUUUUUAUUUUGGGGAUUACAGCGUGCUUGUGUUUCGCAUUGCUUCGUGAAUACUUGGUGGAAAAUCGCGCAGUGGCGUGAGCCUUGCUUGAAAGAUUUCGUGUUUCGCAUUACUUUGUCGAUUCACUUGUUGUCUAACUCUUUUGCAUUCUACGACUUGCCGCCAACAGCUCUCAACUACCAGCUCCUAUCUUGCUCUAUCGAGUUCUUUCCCGGUCCUUUGGAGAGAUGGGUGGCCGUUCCUAGCAAUCUCAUUUAUUAUGUGUUUCUUCGCUCAAAGAUCUGUCCUGGCAUUGAACGACACAGCGAAAUCAUUUCUACCGCCUCCUUUGCUGAGAACAUUCCAGGCAUCACGUCAGAUGACGAAAGGCACCGCCGUAUCGCAAUUAAAGCAUUAAAUGAACGACUUUUCAGUACGCAGCUACAAUCGACAGAGCCUGUCGCUUGGCCGAAUCUAGAAGAAAAUGAGGUCACUGCCAUCACGCCAUCGUCCCAAUCUGAGAGCCAAGUCGCCGUCCAGUCUGUUGUAGUUACUUUGCCUACUGUGUCCUCGUCCGAAACUGUGUGAUCCAGACUAAGCUGGGCGGUCUGCACUUUUGCUUAACCAUUUUCUCGACUCACUUUUCCCUCAAUCCAACUUCUUUUCAUCCUUUUCCUCACUCGUAUCCACACCCAGCAGCCCGGCUAUGAUGAUACAUUUUCCAACUACAGUGUUCUACCUUCUAUCCUUCAUCUCCACGUUUCACCCGUCACGGUCUUGUUUCACAGUUUGGUUUGUUUUAUCCUCUAUCUGACCGUUCUUUUAUUUAGUACUCUAUCUGUAUCUUCAGCCCCACUGUACCACGAUAGGUCUUCUCUUCUGCUACCUAUUUUUUUGUUUUCCUCCUCCUUACUUUGUGGACGCCAUUUCGUGCAUAAUCAUCUAAGUUGAGUUGCCUCACUGGGUUGUGUUCAGUGGCUGUUCUAUUAUGCUUGAUGGAAUGCUUUAGGCGCUAAAACAUUCCGUCGCAUAGUUCUUGCUGACUUUCAUCUUAUCGUUAAUAAGCUUUCGAGUUUGAGUUACAGACUUUUGCAUAUCCAUUCUGUCUUCCUCCUGUUAUCCGGAUGCACAUGCACACCAAUUGAAUCGUGUGGCUCUGAAGCUUACGGAUAGUGAUAUCUCAUGUUUCUCUAGCCUACUUCUUAUAUUCAUUGCAAUUCGUGCAUACUUCUCAU